AUGCCACGAACGAAUCUUGUUCUGGACGGACUGUGGUUUUGCCUGUGUCCAUCGUUCAAUUUCAAUACCCUCCAUAGGGCCAGAACUGCUCUACAAGGAGCCCGGCGGUUUUCUAGCCGAAAUAAUUCAUCAUUCGGUCCCCAACCGAAUACACCAAUUCGACAAUACCUCAACAAACAACAUCCCGACUCAAAUGCCCCGAAGAAACAUUUAGGCGAUGGGGAAAUACCUCGCUCAAUCCCCGACCAAGCAACCUCUCAGCAGCAUGGGGAUGGUCAUGACCAACAAGGAAGCGCAAGACGCUCAAUAGACCUAUCAACGACAUAUGCCGCCGAUGACGCCCCAGAAACUCUCGCGGGGAUAAAGACCCAGAGCUUGGAAACCAGGCUGCAGGAGCUCACAUCCCAUAACCCCCGGAUCCAAAGUGCCACGCAGAUACUGCGUAUUCUCGUCCGUGACCGCCAGAUACCCCCGCAGACGCGGCACUACAGAGCUCUCGUCCUCGCCCAUUCCGAUGCGAUGCGCGGGUCAACAGAUACGGUCCGCAGUUUACUAGCGGAGAUGGAGGAUAAUGGGAUACCGGCGGACUCGGGUACGCUGCACGCUGCUCUCCAGGUAUCUGCUGUCCACCCCGACUACAUGCUGCGCCAAGACAUAAUACGCACACUUCGAGAACGAUGGCUCCCGCUGAGUCCGAUGGGGUGGCACUACGUGGUGGCUGGGCUGCUUCGAGAACACCAAUUCGAAUUGGCUCUGGAUCAUAUCGAUCAGAUGAAGCGGAAGGGGGUGGGAAUCGAGAGCUGGCUGUUCAACAUGCUCGUCUACUAUCUCUGUGAAUACCAAGAGUUCGACGAGGUGCUCCGGUUGAUGCGCUCUCGGACGGAUCAACACCUCGACAUGACACCCGAGCUGUGCCUGUAUGUCUUGGAUGUGGCCAGCGAGGCUUCUCACUACGAGACUACCCGGUUUAUCUGGAGGGGCAUGGUGGAGCUGCAGUACCUGCAACCUCCGCACGAGAUUUGCAGCAAGGUCUUGGCGGCUGCGGCGCGCACUGGAGACGUCGCCCUCGGGACAUCUGUGAUCCGCUUCCUUGUCGAGUCGGACAUCCCCGUCACUCUUUCGGACUACGAAAGUAUGGUGGAAGCCUAUGUGGUGUCUGGGGACCUCUACGCCGGGUUUGAGGUUCUCUGCAAGAUGCACAAAGCCGGCAUCGCGCUGGAACGAAGCUCCACGCGGGCCGUGCUCGAUUACAUGAUCCGGAAAGACACGGUCCCCCAUGACGCGUGGGCCAUGCUCAAGAAACUCAAAGCCGCGAAUUUUGAGGUGCCCCUCGGCUGCGCCGCGGCGAUCUUGGAGUUGUGCGAGCAUGAGGCCCUCCACGAUCCGUUCGCAGUCGAAGACGGUGUCGCGCUGUACAACGAACUGUACGAUCUCUGCUCGGAGAAGGCCGACGUUUCCGUCUUCAACAUGCUCAUCAGCAUGUGCCGCCGUGCAAGGGACAGUGACGCCGGCAUGUUCGUGGUGCACGAGAUGGCAGCGCUGGGCGUCGUCCCCGAUGGGACCACCUUCGAGCACCUGACGAUGAUGUGUCUGGACGCGGACAAUUUUGAGUCCGGGUAUAUGUACUUUCAGGACCUGCUGAACCGGGGAUUCGAUCCGAGCGCGGAGACCCGCGCCGCCAUUCGGGAAGUCUGCUCUCACUCCCGGGAUCCGUACGCGGUCCAGUUGAGACGCCAUCCCCGGAUCCAGGAUGGCUCUGUCCAGUGCCUGGUGGAUGAGCUAAACGCUGCCCAUGAGUAUGGUGGUGGUGAGCGACAGCUGAGCCAAGAGACCGCCGACGACGUGCCCUGGCGGGACUCCCCCAGAUAUCCCACCCUGACGUGGCGACCCUCCUUUGUCCGAGCGACCUGGUCGAAGAAGUCGAAGGAACUGUGGAAAAAUGCGCGGCGGCAAGCGUCGAAGGAGGCGCGCAAGAGGAAGAGGAGGCAGCUGGCCAUCCAGCGCGCACAGGAGGAGGAAGGCUGGAUGGACUACGAGCCGGGCGGUCUUAUUCCCGAGGACCAGCUGAUACGCAGCAAAGGAGAGGAUCCAAAGUUGGAUUGAGUCUGGUCAACUGUAACCCGACACAAGAGAUGAUCUUGACAAUCACACCAUGUACAGUACAUCUAAAUAUACAUGCUAUAAAUGCACGAAAAUGG